CCUGCGCCGCCAGGAUGCGGCCGGGCCCGGCCCCCGCGGCGGCGCUGACGGACGUGGUAAUUCUAGAAGCUAUGGAUAUACUCUUCAGAAUAAGAGGAGGCUUGGAUCUUGCAUUUCAGCUUGGAACUACUGAUGAGACAUCAACAAAAAAGGCAUUAGGAUAUGUUUUCAGUGACCUUGAAAACAAACUGUCCUCAGAGGUUCUUGUAUUCAGAAUUUGCCACAGUUCAGUCUAUGUGUGGCCUAACAAUGGUAUGACCACAGUUCCAGAGCUGACUGAUGAGUCUGCAUGUAAGGAGAUAAGACGAUUUAUACAAUUUGAUCAAGAUGAUGAGACCAAACGAAAGCUUGGCAAAAAAAAGGAUAAAAAGUUACAGGACACGCAGCAGAUAAUCAAUGUAGACCUCAUGUUGGAAAUGACAUCUUCAUUAGCUGCUUUGGCUCCAGUCAUUGAAAGGGAAGAGAAGGAACACCACUACAUAAAUAUGACAUUACCAGUCGAUGUUGUUGUAUCUGUUUCUCCAGAAGAACCAUGGGGAAAGGUACAAAAUCUCCUAGUGAAAGCAAUUCAUGGGCAAUUAACUGACAUGGAAAGAUGUAUCAUGAAAUAUGUGAAAGGAACAUCAAUUGUGGUACCAGAACAAUUUCAUUUCAUGUUACCAGGAAAAAAUCACCUCGUAACAGUCUCAUAUCCUACGGGUAUUUCAGAUGAUCAGCUGGAAAGUUACAGAAAGGAAUUGCAUGGGUUAUACAAUCUGCCUUGUGACAGACCAUAUUUCAAGAGAGCAAAUGCUUAUCAUUUUCCAGAUGAACCAUAUAAAGAUGGAUAUCUCAGAAAUCCACAUUUACAUCUUAGUUCACCUGCUAUGGAGUCUGGUAUGGUUUAUUUAGUGCAAGGUGUUUACAGUUACCACCACUAUAUGCAGGACCGCAUGGAUGACAGUGGCUGGGGCUGUGCCUAUCGGUCCUUGCAGACAAUCUGCUCUUGGUUCAAGCACCAAGGCUACAUGGAUAAACCUAUACCAACACACAAGGAAAUUCAACAGGCGCUGGUGGAUGCUGGAGACAAGCCUGCAUCAUUUGUUGGGUCACGGCAAUGGAUUGGUUCAAUUGAGGUACAGCUUGUUUUGAAUCAGCUUUUAGGAAUAACAUCCAAAAUAUUAUUUGUCAGCCAGGGUUCUGAACUAGCAUUGCAGGGAAGAGAGCUUGCUAAUCAUUUCAAGACUGAGGGAACUCCAGUUAUGAUUGGUGGAGGUGUUUUGGCUCACACGAUAUUAGGAGUGGCUUGGAAUGAGACUACAGGGCACAUAAAAUACUUGAUUCUAGACCCACAUUACACAGGAGGAGAAGAUCUGCAAGUUAUUUUGGAAAAGGGCUGGUGUGGAUGGAAGGGCCCGGAGUUUUGGAACAAGGACGCCUAUUAUAAUCUCUGUCUACCUCAACGACCAAAAGCCAUUUGAAUUCACUCUUACGCUGAACACGCUGAGACAGAAGAGUAGCUGAUCCACAUAAAACUGUCCUGUUAUUUAUCAAAAUAAUGCUUCAAGUCAAUCAAAACUCGGUUGAAAUAGAAAUGGUUGAAUAACUUAAAUUAAGAAACUAUUUUUUUUUUAAUGAAACCUUGAGAAAUCAGAGCUACCUUCUUCAAACUGUAUUCCUUACGAAUGCAUUUAUUAUGCAAGAAAUACUCUGUACUUUUCUGUAGCACAACUUUAGGUUUAUAUAGUAUUUUCUCUUCUGCCAUAAUCCUUAUAGAUUAAAUGCCAAAUCCUUUUAUUUUAUGGAAUUCUUUCAUGACAAAAAGAUAAACUGUCCUCUGCCUUUCAAGUUCCACUUAGCCAGCUGCCUUGUCCAUUAUGAAUCUGUUUAAAGGCCUUUGUAGCUUCUUGAUGACACAUUUUAGGAGUGGGAAAAGAAUGGCUAUGUUCAUAAUUUCAUUAAUUUUGCUCUCAUAUUUACACAGAAGAAAAAAAAAAAAAAAAGCAAGAGAAUCAGUUUUUCCAUGUUCAUUUAUUUAUAGCUGAAUGAAUACAAGUAUUCCAGUGGGGGGGGAAACCUCACAACAUUCUUCUGUAAGAAGUAACAAUAAACAAGCUUUCCUCCUUCUCAGAAGGAGACAAUGUCCCAGCACACACAUCUGAUUGCUCAGUGUAUAUCAUCCAGUCAUGGUUCUUCAGACUUUGGAUUCCCCUUAUUUCAUGUUGGGAUUACAAGCUGUUCCUUCUGGCAGCUAGGAGACAAGAUCUGUCAUAGAAACAAGCAAAAUAAGUCUAUAGUUACUUCAUCAGUAAGAGUACCUAUGAUUUUUAUUUUUUCUGUGUUAAAGUAGCCUCUUAAGUGGCAUUCCACAUGUACUGUCCAUUUCCAAGAAGACCCUAACCUUAAAUACCUAUGCAAGUUCAUCCUUACUAGGAGGCUUCUAUAUCUAACUGCUCUGUGUCUAACACACAUUAGUUUUACUUAGAUGCUAGAAACAUUUUUUUUAAAUAUUCUGAAUUGUAUUAAACCAACACUAUUACACACCAUCUGCUCUUCUCCUCUUCCUGUUUAUGGAUCCGCUGGUUUCACUUUGUUUCUGUGCAGUUGGACCCUCUCUCCACAACCCAUGUCUGUCACUUAGCGAGUAUCCAGACUGUCCUCUCUGUUUCAUUGUCUGAGUGUGCUGAAUUGUCCUGAGGAACUUGGCACAUUCCAGAAAGCCGUAAUCCAGUGCAAGGUCUGCUGCUGUCUGUCCACUGUUGUUGCACAAGCUGAAAUACAGAAUUAACAACAACCAAUUAAACUGGGAAAAUGAGCAAGCACUGAUUAAGUGGUAAUUUACACAGUUGUAUAAAAAUAAGAAUCAGUACCAAGAAGGUUUGUCAAGGAUAGCACAGGGCUCAUACAGGGGGCUUGGUAUUAAAUACAAAAAGGGAAUAAUUAUUUUAAAUUAAUUUGUCAUCAGACUAUUACUGGCUUAGCAUAUCAGAAAGGCAAUAAGAGGGUGAGAUUAAGAUCAGGAAUAGUCUCUCAGCAGUUAUCACAGAGGUAUAUAGCUAAACAACAGCAUGUGAACAUGUGGUCUGUGCUUCUUUGGUGUUUAUGUCAGUUUUUAAUACUCCUACGGCUAUAGUCAGGCUGUAUUUGCAGCCUUAGCACACAUGUUGUGAGCAAGUUAAAUGUACUCUGUAAAAUGCACAUCCUUUGACACUCUUACUGAAGUUACUAAAUGUCGCUCAACUUACUCAAUUUUAGCAUCACCAGCAACAAGAAGAGCAAGACAUUCCAAACUCCCAACUUUUGCUGCUUUAUGGAUUGGGGCUUCUCCAAAGCAGUCCUAAAAACACAAUUUAUAUAUAACAGUUUAUAUAUAACUUGCAAGAAGAGGAGUAGGAUAAAGCUGUCUUGUUCUCCAAAAUGACUGCUUAUGUACACCAGUCUGUUGUGAGCUGAGAGAGAAAUUAAAGGAUUAUAGCUAAUAAAGUGUA